GGUGAUGCCAUCCAACCAUCUCCUCCUUUGUUGCCCCCUUCUCCUCCUGUCUCAAUCUUUCCCAGCACCAGAAUCGUUUCCAGUGAGUCGAGUUGGCUCUACAGGCCUGGAGGUUGGCUUUUAAACAACUUGAGUAUUGGUCAGUAAAAAAAUGUCCCCAUUACUAAAUGGAGAGACCUUAAGAUGCUAAAACACUGCAUUCUAAGACUGUGGUGAAUGAAUGGAACAAAGAUCACACACUAGUACUUUGCUUGGUAUGAUAAAAUAAAAAUAAACUUCAAGCAAUUUAUUCUGAACAGUUAAACUUUCAAACUACAAUAUAUACAAUAUUUUAAAAUCAGAAUUUGCUACUGAAAGGUGAUAUCAAAGCCAACUUUGAUUACAAAAUAGAAUCAGAGAAAUGAGAAACCACAGAAAUAGAAGGAAUUUGUGAGAUCACAGCUGCCCCAUUUAGAAAAUGAGGCAGAGAGAGGUUAAGUGGCUAGCAUAAACACAGCUGGCUGUAAAGUGACAGACCAAGGAUUUGAGCUCUCCAUGUGUUUCUUCUCCUCUAGUACUACUUCUAAGUGAUGACUGGUGGAUGACCGAUGUGUGGUGCAUCCAGAAGCAGGGGACCUGGCCAACCCUCCCAAGAAGUUCCGAGACUGCCUCUUUAAGGUAUGCCCUAUGAACCGAUAUUCUGCUCAGAAGCAGUAUUGGAAAGCCAAGCAAGCUAAACAAGGGAACCACACAGAGGCAGCCUUGCUGAAGAAAUUACAGCAUGCUGCAGAACUGGAACAAAAACAAAAUGAAUCAGAGAAUAAGAAGCUAUUGGGAGAAAUUGUGAAGUACAGUAAUGUUAUACAACUACUGCAUAUAAAAAGCAACAAGUAUCUGACUGUCAACAAGAGAUUACCUGCUUUACUCGAGAAGAAUGCCAUGCGUGUGUCCUUGGAUGCUGCGGGAAAUGAAGGGUCUUGGUUUUAUAUUCAUCCCUUCUGGAAGCUAAGAAGCGAGGGCGACAAUAUCGUUGUUGGAGAUAAAGUUGUUUUGAUGCCCGUGAAUGCAGGACAGCCACUGCAUGCCAGCAACAUAGAGCUGCUCGAUAAUCCAGGGUGUAAAGAGGUGAAUGCUGUUAAUUGCAACACUAGCUGGAAAAUCACUUUAUUCAUGAAAUACAGUUCCUAUCGAGAAGAUGUACUAAAAGGAGGUGAUGUUGUUCGAUUGUUCCAUGCCGAACAAGAGAAGUUUCUGACUUGUGAUGAAUAUGAGAAAAAACAGCACAUUUUCCUUCGUACAACCUUGCGUCAGUCAGCCACUUCUGCGACCAGUUCUAAAGCACUCUGGGAAAUAGAGGUAGUUCAUCAUGAUCCAUGCCGUGGGGGUGCAGGACAGUGGAACAGCUUGUUCAGAUUUAAACAUCUUGCAACCGGGAAUUAUUUAGCUGCAGAGCUUAACCCUGAUUAUCGAGAUGCCCAAAAUGAAGGAAAAAAUGUGGUGAGUAGAACUAUUUUUUUUCUCCAUCAAAUACAAGCAUAUUAUUUAUAUUUUAUAUGAACAAAUUGAAAAGUUAGUAGACAGUUUGAAGAGUAGGGACUCUGAGAGAGAGACUCUGAGUAGAGUUUGUGGAUCAAAGAUAAAAAUAAAUGAUGAGGUGGCUUAGAGUAUAAGGAGAUGAUCAGUAGUGGGUAUUUAGGGAGAUUUCUAGCAACUUGGAGGCUAUUUAUGAUAGAGUGCUGAAGGCAACUGGGUCUCAGAAGUAUGCUGGGUCUAGGUUUAGUUUUCAGAAGUGCAUAGAAAUUAGGAAAGAGGAGUGGAAUUAUGACUUAAUAUUAAAACAGGAUAAUGGAAAAAUCAUUUUUGAUUCAAAAUGACUUGGGUUUUAUUUAUGGAGAGAAAUUGAAGCAUUCAGCAAGUAGAUAAGUUUUGUUUCUAAUGUUCUACUCUAUGCUACUCAAAAAGAUCUCAAUCAUUUUUCAUUAAAAAUACUUAUUAUUAUUCAUCCUGCUAAUCUCAUCCCCACUUAUAAAGAAAAUGACUUAAUGAUGACAACAUGAUUUAAUUCAA